UCAUUUAUUCUUCGUUUUUUCUUCUUUCAUUCAAUGUCUUUCAUCGCUUUCGCAGAGCUGUCAAUGGAAGCGGCUGCGACGGCUACUGUCCUUACACCAGCGUCCGCUCCGCCUAGGCCGUCGGUUUUCUUCCGAGGACCUUCCGCACUCGCCUUCCCUUCCAAUCUUGCCUUCUCCACUAAGUUGAGCACUUCUGUAUCUGUCUCCAUCUCCAAGCAAUGUCAUGGGAGACUCAGAGUUGGAAGUAAAAGGGGUUUUGUAGUUAGAGCUGCAUCAUCGUUUCCAGAGACAUCUGAACCAAGUUCCAAUGUUGCUCCACUUAAACUGGAGUCUCCAAUCGGCCAGUUUCUCUCUCAGAUUUUAAUUAGUCAUCCACAUCUUGUGCCUGCUGCUGUAGAGCGGCAACUUGAGCAAUUCCAAACUGAUCUUGAUGGUGAUAAUCAAAAGAGAGAGCCUUCUGCUUCAGGCACCGAAUUAGUUCUGUACAGGAGAAUUGCUGAGGUUAAGGCUAAAGAAAGGAAAAAGGCUUUAGAAGAGAUAUUGUAUGCAUUGGUGGUGCAAAAGUUUAUGGAUGCCGACAUUUCUCUCAUACCCUCCUUAACCCCAAACCAAUCUGGUCGGGUUGAUUCAUGGCCAAGUGAAGAUGGAAAAUUGGAGGAGCUUCAUUCACCUGAAGCCUACGAAAUGAUCCAAAACCACUUGGCUCUCAUUUUGGGCAACCGUUUAGGGGAUUCAACAUCUGUCGCUCAGAUCAGCAAAAUCAGAGUAGGACAGGUCUAUGCAGCUUCAAUAAUGUAUGGAUACUUUCUUAAGCGGGUUGUCCAAAGGUUCCAGCUGGAGAAGACAAUGAAGAUUCUUCCUAAUAUGGCAGAGGAGAAUAGCAUUCAACAAACUGUUAUAGAUGAUUCAAGAAUUAGCGGUGGAAAGGGCCCUUCUCAUGUCAUGUCUCAUCCUGAAAUUUCUGCUAGGCCUGGUGGUGGAAUCAGCUCAGGGGGAUUUGGUAACGGUUCAAAAGUCUCAAGGUUGCGUACCUAUGUGAUGUCCUUUGAUAGUGAGACAUUACAGAGAUAUGCAACACUAAGAUCUAAAGAGUCUCUUAGCAUCAUUGAGAAGCACACUGAAGCAUUGUUUGGAAGACCUGAAAUUGUUGUUACACCAGAGGGGGUGAUCGAUUCUUCGAAGGAUGAGAACAUCAAAAUUAGCUUUGGUAGCUUGAAGAGACUUGUUCUAGAAGCUGUUACUUUUGGUUCUUUUCUGUGGGAUGUUGAGAGCUACGUUGACGCAAGGUAUCAUUUUGUCCUGAACUGAGUUAAGCUCAUUCCCAUGCAUCCCAUGGCAAAUUAUAUAUGGACUGAUGUACUAAUUUUUUCCACCUGUUUAAUCAUAGUGAGAGUUGAUCUGGUUUUCACUAAUGGAAGGAUAUAUUAUAAUUUUCGCAUUUGGUUA